UUUGAUAUAUUUGAAGUUUAUGUUCUGUUGGUUACUCAAAGCAGAUAUCUGCAUUCUUUGGGUUCGUAAAUGCUUUUCAUCUCGGAAUGAUACGUCUGUUAUCUGUAACGCCACUGCAUUAACUGUCUCUUAUUAUUAACUCUAUAUUGUUUUACCCACCGCUGUUGAUCUGGAGUUGAGUUUCUUCCCACAGGUUUUGAGAAUUGUUUUGGGUUCGAUUAUUUAAAUAAAAAAAAGUUUAUGUUGUUUUCUUAGAUGCCUGAGCUUCAUGUAGAGUGCUGAAGAAACAAUACCUGAGCCCUACAAACACCAGAGCCUCUGGCCUUUGUUGAUUAUUUAUCUAUAUCAAGAAAAAGAUCAGUUACCCUACAUUGUUAGGUUGACUGCAUUCUCAAGCUUGAAGAAAGAAAAAACAAAUACAAUUCCUCUGCAAGUCAUGCCCAUUGCUAGCCUUACACUUCAAGUGCUCCUCUUAAUAUACUCCUCCCCCUCGCUCUCUCUCAUUUCGCCAUGGCGAUCAGAACUCCAACCCUCACCUUCACCCUCUUCACCUCUCUCUCCGUUGCUCUCCUCUCCCUCUACCCUCAACCCUACGAUCUCUCACAUUGCCUCAAUCUCCUCCUCAAUCCUUCAUUCGAAAACCUUCGUCUUUGUUUCUCUGAUAUAGAUGAGCAUCACCAUCAUAAGCCUCCAAGCUCGAACCAGACGACCAUUUGCAGCGAUUUUCCACCGGGUAUUCCUCCCCCGGACACAGACACCACGUCUUUCCUCUGCGUCGAUCCCAACGGUUGCUGCAACUUCACCUCUGUUCAGUCUGCUGUCAACGCCGUUCAAAACUUCAGCUCCAAGAGGACGGUUAUAUGGAUCAAUGAAGGGGUCUACUAUGAGAAAAUAACGGUGCCUGUUACGAAACAAAACGUCACGUUUCAAGGGCAAGGGUUCAUCACGACGGCGCUUGGAUGGAACGAUACUGCCAGGACUGCCAACGGAACUUUUAACAGCGCAUCUGUCGCAGUGUUCGGCGCUAACUUCGUCGCCAAGAAUAUAAGUUUCAUGAAUCUCGCUCCGAUAGCUCAGCCUGGUGAGGUCGGCGCACAGGCGGUGGCGAUCAGGGUUGCUGGCGACCAGGCCGCCUUCUGGGGCUGCGGAUUCUUCGGCGGUCAAGAUACCCUCCACGAUGACAAGGGUCGGCAUUAUUUCAAGGAGUGCUUCAUCCAAGGCUCCAUAGAUUUCAUCUUCGGAAAUGGAAGGUCCCUGUACGAGAACUGCACCAUAAUCUCCGUAGCCAAACCGGUGACCCCCGGGGCGAAGGUGAUCAACGGCGUCGUAACCGCGCACGGGAGGAGCACGGGCGACGACAACACGGGCUUCUUUUUCAUCAACUGUUUCGUCGGAGGGACGGGCAGGAUCUGGUUAGGCAGAGCUUGGCGGCCCUUCGCUCGCGUCGUCUUCGCUUAUACUUACAUGACCGACGUUAUAGCUUCUGAAGGGUGGAACGACUUCAACUCGCCAGACAGAGAUCAGACCGUGUUCUUUGGGGAGUACAGGUGCAGUGGGCCGGGUGCGAACACAACACUGAGGGCAGCUUACGGUCAGCAGCUCAACGAUACACAAGCUUCUCCCUUUCUUAAUGCUUCUUACAUCGACGGAGAUCAAUGGCUACAACCUUUUAGCCUAAGCAUCUUUUCUAUGUAAAAAAUUAAAACCAUUGUUGAGAUGAUCCACGUCGCAUUUAAUUCGUCAAUUGAAAGAUGGUAACUUCUUGAAUUUGCCAUCUCUUCUUAUUGCCAAAAAAUGAUAAGCUAACACGAGUUGAAUGUUGAAGAUA